UCUGAUAAAUCUUCAUAAGUUUUGGUAUUGGCUUCACAAAAAUUGACUGUGAAAAAAAUGGGAAAAUCGUCCUUACAGUACCUGACCUUUGCCCCAUUCUAAACUUCAGUACCUCACGUUCAGAUAAUAUCAAAACCGUACCUCAGGUUCUAACCCCGACCGAAGAAUGGUACCUGGAGCCGUUAGUUCCGUUACGGAAGCUGACAGCUGUCAUAUUUUGAUCAUUAAAUGACCAAUUUACCCUUAUUUUUUAUUUUCCUUAAUUUUCUUCAUAUAAUAAAAAAAAAAACAAUUUGUUUUUUUUUUUUCUGGGAAAUCCCAGCCACAAAACCCAGAAACCUGCUUUCUCUCCAUGACGACGUCGUCUCAGUCCAACAAUCCACUCCCUCCUCCAGGGCUUUGCUCCCUUGGAGGACCCGGAUCUCGUUAUCGCUUCUGUCAAAGUUAACGGACGCCGCUCGCCGACCAAACGGCACCAUCAACCGCGGUCUCAUGAGCUUCCUCGACUUACGCUCCUCCGCCACUCCCUCAGCUCCCUACAAAGGCGUCACCACCUCCAACGUCACCGUCCACCAAACCCGCAACCUCUGGUUCCGCUUCUUCGUCCCCUCUACGACGUCGUCUUCCCCCGCCUCUUUACCCGUCGUCGUUUUCUUCCACGACGGCGGCUUCAGCUUUCUCAGCCCCGACUCCUAUGCCUACGACGCCGUCUGCAGCAAAUUCCCCCGCGAAAUCCCCGCCGUCGUAGUCUCCGUCAACUACCGCCUCUCCCCGGAGCACGGCUACCCCUGCCAGUACGAUGACGGCCUCAACGUCCUCAAAUUCCUCGACCAAAACCCCGACUCCCUCCCCGACCUCGCUGACUGCUCCCGCUGCUUCCUCGCAGGAGACAGCGCCGACGCGAACAUUGCCCACCACGUGGCGGUGCGAGCCUGCCGCGAGCCGUUUCGGGUCGUGAAACCAAUCAGGUUGAUAUCGAUCCAACCGUUCUUCGGCGGCGAGGAACGGACCGAGUCCGAGAUCCGACUAGAGGGCGCGCCGCUGGUGUCGGUGACGCGAACCGAUUGGCUGUGGAAGGCAUUCUUGCCACAAAACCCAGAAUCCUGCCACAAAACCCAGAAACCCGGUGGCUUCGUUGAGACUGAGGAGAUUUGAAAGAG